AUGAAUGAGGCCGCUGACUGCAUUCACCGCGCAAACACCGCGGGUGACCUUGCCAACCUCGUCCGCGCGGGCGAGCGGGUCGCAGGGGUCGACCGCCGCUGCCGCGCGCUCGCGGAUUUGCCAGAGCGUCUCGCGGCGGAGAAAAGAGGGGUAGACGAGGAGGAUAAAGGGAAAGGGGAAGGGCGUCGGCGAGGAAGCUUGGCGGGUGUGGUUGAUUGCUUCGCGCCCGGCGAAGUCGAUCUAACGGGUCCCUUACCCCAGGAACAUACCACCGGGUUCGAGCCGCGAACUCAUGCCGCCGUGACUUUUUUAGAAUCCCUACGGACGACGCUGGGAGGAAGGAGGCGGGAGACUACGGAUGUUAGGAUCUCGAUCAAGCAAGCCCUCAUGGCGGUGGAGUCGUUGGUGGAUGUGGAUCAGCUUGCGAGGGCCGUGUUUUUAUUGUGCCGUGUCCGCUCCGAGCUCCUCAUUUACGUACAGCCCGCUCGCAGUGCGCCAGGCCAUGACCAUCCACGCCAAUCAGCUGCAGAGGUGAGGGAGGAGCUUCCGGCAUCUUCUAAAGGGAAGCUUCCUUCCACCAAAGCCUCAUUACUUUCUUCAGCGCCAUUUCUCGCACAUAAUGCAGACCCAGAAUGGGAUACUCUGGAAUCGAUGACGGUGUUUUACGCGAAGAAGGUUCUUCAUACGAUGCGACGGAGGCUAAGGAAGGAUGCAGAUGCCGCCGCGCAUCUUUGCUUAAUGCUAUUGCAGCUUCGUAUCGCGCGGGAUGAAGCGAGCUUCGAGGCGUUUAGCGUGGAUAUAAUGACCUCCAACGACCGCCAGUCCACCACUACCGAGGGAAAAAAUGAAGAUGAAUCCGUGGUGGAGGCGGCAUCUCGCAUAAAGGGAAAGGAUAAGGAGGAUGGUGAGAGGGAAUACGUUGAGGACGCAAAGGAAAUGGAAAUUCAUGCUGCCCUGGAGGAGCUUCAGAAGCUCAGCUUAACACGGCUAAGACGUUACCACGCCGCUCUGCGCUGUCUACAGCCAAGCUCAACAGAGUGGAAUAGCACAAAAGGAGGGCUUCUUGAGGAGGUAUUUGGACUAUGUGUUUCUUUCUUUCCAUCGGAAGAGGUUUCCACCCCGGAAGGCGUUGGGAAAGGACAUAUAUCAGAGGAAUCAAGGGAUGCCUUUUCGGAGCUAAGAUCUCGUCUGAGGCGAAUUAAACCGAGCUCUAUUAUUACUUCCUGCGCGGAGUUCACAGCGCUCCCGCAGUCUUCAGAAGAGAAAUCCCUUCCUACUUCUUCUCCUCAUAUUCCUGGGGCUCAUCCACCCUGGAUGCGCUCUAAAGGAGAAGGAUACCACGAUCUUAAUACUAACAAUGGAAAUGAUGACAUGUUAGAGAGAUCUACAAUGGAGUUUUUAGUUCUUCUAGUGGAGUCAAUCGUGCUCGACAGCGCCUCGGCCUGCAUGCAGCUAUCGACGUGCAUCCAGCCCAAGGUCGCUACUAUGGACUCAAUGGAUUCAAAGACUAGUGAGGCAUCCUUCCCCAUCCCGGCAGCUCAGAGCCUUGCUUGUCAUCUUUCUUUACCCGCGUUUUUAUUUUCUGCGCGCGAAACCCCAGCCUCGUCGCCACGGACGGUAAAUAACUCGUGCACUGCACUGUACCUCGCCUUCCACGCCCAGUAUCUUUUCCAUAUCCUAGAUCAGUACUUCUCGCACCUUGUAAGUGAGUCUGCCUUGGAAAAGGGCCGUAAAGGGAGUGCGAUGCCCUCCCAAGAGCCUCCUCGAGGGAAUGUGAUAAGACCUUCAAAGGCUGCUAUUUUCACGCCAUUAGUUUCGUCGGUCGGGGAGAUGACUGAGGUGGAUGUGGUGGAGCCUUUCGGGGCGCGUUGGAAGGGCGAAGGUGGAAGAGGAUUUGUUGAUCUCGCCGAGGUUGCGGUGGCGGCGACGCUGCGUGAGGUCUGCCCAGGGGAUAACAAUUAUUAUUAUCAUAAUAGUAAUAAUAACAUUAAUGGUAUCAAGGAGAGGGGAAGUCUUUCCGUCGCGCGAGAUGCAAGCGAGAUGAUUUUGCAGAGGUUAUCUGCCAGACAGAAAGUGUUCGGUGCGGCGGCUGGGGGGGGUCGGCAUCAUCCCCAUUUUGAAUGGCAAAGCUCCGUUGAGGAGGGCCUUUCUUCCAUCACAACCAUAGGAGAAGGGGAUGCGAAUGCUACCAAUACGAACUUUAGAAAAGGGGAGGAUAUUAACGCCGUUGAGGGAAGAUGGCGGCCUCUUCAUGGACGGGCUUCACAACAGCAGGUCCAACGCAGCACCUUUGUUCGCUACUUGUUGGGAACAAUUAGCGGAGGCGAGGCUGAGGCCUUCGUCUUCCCCUCGCAGAUUUUUGAAGAUGCGGGGGGUAAAUUUAUUGAAAAGAAUCCUUUUGGGGGUUUGACGAUGCAAGCGGAUCACAGCAGGGAAGGACCGCAUCGCAGCUUCACUGCUUUCUGGGAUCCCGUAGUAUCCUUCUUCAAGCGCGCUCAGGAGGAGGUUUUGCAGCCUUUUGUAUGCGCGGUGUUAAAUGCGCUUUGUAAUGAACCUCUCGGGCUGGUUGCCUAUCAUAUCCUGCAAUAUUCGCCGGGAAAGUCUAGGCUUGGCGCACCGACAGUGGGAGUUAUGGAGACUCCUGUUAGUUUUUUCUGUUAUGAAAAGUGGGAGACGGCAUUAUUGGAUGUGAUUCGGGAGGCUCUCACGCGAAGCUUCAACACCGCCCUCUAUCGCGUGAGCGAAGUUCAACAAAAAUGGAUAAUAUCUAUCGAAAAUAUCACAGGAGAUCACACUUUGAGGGAUGAAAUGAGGAAUUCGCUGUAUUUAUCGCCCUCCUCCCAGCGAUUUUUCCCGUAUUCAUCGUUAGUGUUAUCCUCGGUGUUAUCACCCACGACCUCCUCCUCUUUUAUUAAAACUCCUUUCCAUUCCAGAGCAGCUGUUUUGGAAGGAUCCGCGCAAGAAAUGGUAAAUUCUCAGACAUGCAGCGGAGAUCGUAGUGUUGGUUUUUGCUCAGAAUGGAUGUUUCAUCAGCAGUCUUUUGCAUCGUCUCCUUUGGGGCGGCUUCUUUCAGGAGCUUCACGAGGGAGGGAAGGCGAACCAAACGUGAAAAAUCCGGCGAAGAGCGCGCGUAUUGGGUGUGAUGGACACCAUAAUAAUAUUACUAUCAGUAGCUGUGCUUUUCGGCAGGAUGCUUCGCUUGGCGGCGCUUCAGAUUCCUUAUCUUUUCCUCCAGGAUUCACACGGCAAGGGGCCACAUUGACGUUGGAUGCGCGAUGGUUCGCUGUCGAUUCCAUUUUCACUCCCGCUGAUUUCCACCGCGGCGGCAUAAGUAGGGCAAAGGAUCACCUUACGUCAGUCCAUUCCGCUGAUGAGGGGGAAAUGGUGGCAAAAUGGGCUGAUUUCCCCUUUUAUCAUCGAUCUUAUGAGGAGAUGCUAUCCGUUCUUGUGCGCGUGAUUGCGGGGAUGAUGCGGCUGAUGGCGUCGUUCGAGGGUUCCGCACCCUUUUCGCCCUCUCCUGACAAUAGGGAAAUGGGUAGGAAAGAAACAAAAACGAUUGAUAUGGCGGAGCUCCUGGGUUUGCUAUUCACGUGGAUGGAAAAGACGGUGGAAAAAUUGCGGAGUGUGGAGGCGGCUUGGAGUGCGAUUGUAGAGCAGGAGCCAUUACCACUAGUUAUGGAGAGCACAGAGGAGAAUCAUGGCGAAGAUGAGGGCGAAGCGAAGAAGAAUGAAAAGACUUUAAUUUCAGAAUCCUCCGAGCGUGCGCGGGCGAGUGUGUACGUACGAUAUACGCAGCGCCUUCUGAAGCUUACUGAGGUCGCUGGGGCUUUUUUAAACAUCACGGAACCCCUCGCAACGUCUUUAUAUCAAUUUUACGACUGUCGACGGCGACCUCCACCACCAUCUCAGGACAAAAUUCUAUUAGAAAAUGUAAAUGAGGAGGGUGAAGAUUCCGUAGUAUGGGGUUUUGCAAAGAGUUUUUACAACCUCUGCGAAUCUGUUGGGGUUCUUUACCAACGCUGCUACCAUCCAUGGCAACGAUUGCUUCUUUAUGAGUACCAAACCGGACUUCGGCAAUUAUACGCGCAGGAUCACGCGCGUUUGUUUGCGAUUCGGCGCUUAUUUUUACCGCCCUCGGAGGCCCCUACCGACUCCUCACCCCAGAUGUCUCUUGGGGAAAGAGAAAUCUCUUCCGUGUUGGCGCCUUCUUAUUCUUCCUUUUCCCUGCGUAAAUUAACCCCUGCGCAGCGGAAGAGGUGGUUUCGACUCGAGCACGCCCACCGCUGGCUAUGUAUGGGUCCGCAUUGCGAGGAUCGGCUAACGACGGAUGGCCAUUCCGAUCCUUCCCAGGAUAACCCUCUGACCCAUUCACGAAAUGGGUCGUUCGCGCUUUCCUCGACGAUGGUUUCGCCGUCUUUUUCCACCACGGACGCGCACACCGAUUUCUGCUGUUUCCCCUAUCAGGUCACCGAUACGUUGAUGUCUCUUGUCUUUGCCCUACAGUAUCUUCUGACGGCAUGCCGCGGGAAGGGAAUUCGUUCAUCGUGGGUUCAUUCGUUUUCUGCAAGGGGUGGGGGUUGGGUUCGAGGAAUGGGUGAUUUUCUCGAGCAUACAGGGCCGCAGGGUGGUGAUCGGGCGGCGUGGAUCGAGCUCUUUCGUAACCUGAGCAUGAUCUUGGACGUGCGAAAUACCAUUUUUCGGCAGGGAAUUGUCGGAUAUUUGAAUACAACCUGCAUGGUAUUGGAAGAGAAUGUUAUUUUUUCCUUAAAGGGUAAGACCUUGGAGGAUGAUAAGAAAGCUGAAGUUACCAUACCCGUGGAGGAAAAGUCAGCGGGAUUCGUCGAUCUCAUUUCGGAUGCCAUGCUGCAGCUUUAUCUGGACUUGAUCUUUCUUCUUCGUGUGGGGGAGUGCCGAUGGCAUGAGGCCUCUUCACAGAUUUCUUUAGAAAAACGACGCCUCAUUCCCGGAACCAGUGAUGGAAGAGACGAAAAAGAUAUCGCCCACGCAUUCCGCCAGGCGAAGGGGCGUAUCGAUCGUAUUUUACAGCUUGAUAUUAUGGAAAAUAUGAGGUCUGACAAGGAUGGGAUUCACUGGGAACGUCUUUCGCGAGCCAUUCGCGAGGCCGCAGAGGGACUACUACGGCGUACUUCCCUCGCGGCGGGGCUUUCCCCUUCGUUUUUGGCCUCCUCCUCGGUUUCUUUGGAUUCGUUGCCAUCUAUUCAACCUCCCGCGAGGGAAGUAGAGCGGUUUAACCUUUUAGGAAUCGCCUCAGAGGCGUUUUUUCAGGUCUCCACGGAAACUCGUGUUGGAGGGGGGGGGGCCUCCACGGCCUUUUCGAGGCGCUUCGCGGCCCCGCCAAACGCGAGCGCGAUUAUUGCAAAGUCGAUGUCUCCUUCCCAUUUUCCGACUUCGGUCCUCACCAAUCACGCCGGAUUUGAUCCCGCAAACAGCUCUUCUCAGCUUUCCGCGAAACCUUCAACUUCAUUCCCUCCUCCGGAUCACCCUAACGUGUGUUCGGGAAAGGAAGAGCGAAAGGGAGAGAUGGCCUCACCGGCCUCGAUGUUGUGGGGGAGUACGCAGCGGGGGUGGAAUUCUCUCUGGGGUGUUUAG